GUGUGUGUGUGUGUUUUUGCCAAACGUGUUCAUUGACGAGCCCCCCCUGCAGCGAGUGUCGGUGCGCUGCUGAUGGCCAUAACCAGCUCUACAUUUACUUAAAAUCGCUCACACGCUGUUUCUAAAGAACAACAACAACAGCAGCACCAUCAAUAAGUUGUAGUAACAGUAGCACCAGCAGCGUGAACAAUAACAAUACCAGCCGCACGAAUAACGGUAAACGAUAUCAAUAUCAGAGAUAUUGAAAAGACAACAGGAAUACCACUCAAACAAAAAAUUUCAAAUCUAGCCAAUGAAUAGAGACAUUCUAGCGCCCGUCCAGUGAUGAGUGUUAAAGACACAAACUUUAGCGUGGAACUGAAAUUGAAGUGAAAAUAAGUGCAAACAUUUUGAAAAAGGAAUAUUGAAAUUUAAUUAAUGUGCAAGGCAAAGAAAUAAUUUUUAAUUAAAAACUUAUCCCGAGAAAAAAGAGAAAGCGAAGACAAAAAAAAAACUAAAAAUUGAAAAUUAUUGAAAAAUGCCGAUAUGGAAAUGACCCCCUGAAAAUGUCAGCUACUGAUGCCAGUCGUCACUGGACAGCAUCAUAUUCCUAGGAAUCUAGCCUCUAAAACAAUUACAACAUCUGUGGGCGAGAAGCACCCAUACCAGAGAGAAAAGGGAACAAAACCAAGUGACUAAAACCGCAGAAAAAACCAAAACCAAACGAACUUCAAUCCAAUUGAAUUCAAAAGCCCAUCACCCAACCAUCAACCACCCACCUCCCAGCAAAACGAAUUGGCCCAGCGAUGCCAACGGAAAACAAUAAACUCAUAAACAAUGGUUAUCUCCGAACACCGUACGUCAUGAAAAACAAUGGCCAUGGUGGUAGUGGUCCUGGCAAUCGCAUUACCGCCGCCAUCGAUGUGGACGAUGAUGUGCCACGUCCAAUGGCCGAUGACACCACCAAUACAGCGCUACAUUCCCUUAUUCCACAAAAGGACGAAAAUACGAAUGCCUCAGUCGUAUCACCACUCCUGGCCGGUGUUGAAACUAAUUCAGAUUUGUGCGGAAGCGAUGCAAUCAUGCAUCAUCACCAUUCAUCUACACAGCCGCAAUGUGCCAAUAAUGUGGGUCACAUCAAACAUCCGACCGUCGUCUUUCUCGGCACUGACAGUGGCAGUCGAACCGCACUGCAGUGCAAUGUUCCCAUGUCGUAUGUCGCCACAGCCGCCGCCACCACCACCCAGCCGUCACAACAUUCACCGCAAAGCGAUCUGCUGCUGAAGGAGUCAUCGCUGAGGUGUCGACUUUUGGUUUUGGCUGUGGCCUUGACUGUUUUGGGCGCUGCCAUUGGAGCAAUGGCCAUUUAUUUUGCUGGCAGUUAUCGCUGUCAACAGACCGCAAGCCAUAGCCUAGAUAAUAAUCAAAACAUCAGCAAUAUCACAGAAUUCAUAUCAGAGAAAGAUGACAUCUGUUUAACAGAAGAAUGUGUCAGAACGGCGGCCUAUUUACUAUCAGCCAUGGAUACCAGUGCGAAUCCAUGCGAGAAUUUUUUCCAAUAUGCCUGCGGAACAUGGAAUAAAAUCCAUAUAAUACCAGAAGAUCGAAGUUCUAUAAGCACUUUUGAGGUUCUGGCAGAUCAACAACAGGUUAUACUCAAAGGAGUACUUGAAGAGCCUAUCAAUGAUCUCGAUAAUCAAGCAACGAUAAAAGCGAAAAUGUUCUACAAAAGCUGUAUCGAUAUACCCCAAAUACGCAAAGUCGGAGCGGGACGUUUAAAAAAUGUCCUCAAAUCUCUGGGAGGCUGGCCGGUCAUAGAACCCAAUUGGUCGCCGCCAAAUAUUAGCAUAGAAGAAUUGAUUGGUACACUGCGUGGAGUCUAUGGUGAACCUGUGCUCAUCGAACUCUAUGUGGGGGCCGAUGAUAAAAACUCCUCCAUACAUAUCCUGCAAAUCGAUCAAUUUCCAUUGGCAUUGCCGUCGCGAGAUUACUACUUGAAGGCGUCAAGUGAAAAUGAUUUGAAAGCCUAUCACAAGUACAUGACCCAGACGGCCAUUUUGAUGGGAGCUAAUGCCACAACGGCCAAUGAGGAAUUGAAUGAUGUUCUGCAAUUGGAAAUACAAUUGGUCAAUGCCACACUUCCGGAGGCGGAUCGUCAUGAUACCAGUGCCAUUUAUCGGAAAAUCACCCUGACCGAGUUGCAGGCUGAGGUGCCACAACUGAAUUGGACAUUAUUUCUGCAAACCGCUCUGGGGAAUAGUGUCCACUUGAAACCGGAUGAACAAUUGGUUAGCUACGCCAUGCCAUAUCUAAUUGAAAUGGGUAAAAUUCUGGUUAAGACCGACACCCGAACCAUUCACAAUUAUGUCAUGUGGCGUUUGGUGAUGUCCAUUAUGAAUCACAUGAUCGAUGACUAUCAAAAGGAGAGAGUGGAAUUUCGUAAAAUUCUCUUGGGUAUACAGACGGAGAGGGUGCGGUGGUCUCAGUGUGUCGAUUGGACAAAUAAGAAAUUGGGCAUGGCUGUGGGUGCGCUCUUCAUUCGGGAUAAUUUCAAUCAGAAUAGUAAAGAUACCGCCCUUGAAAUGAUUCACACAAUAAGAGAGGCGUUUAAUGAGCUUCUAGCGGAAAAUCAUUGGAUGGAUGAUGAAACGAGAGCGGUGGCCAAAGAGAAGGCCGAUACAAUGAAUGAGAGAAUUGGUUAUCCGGAAAUUUUAACGGAUGCCAAGGAAUUGGAAAAGGAAUUUGUAAAUCUUACCAUAGUUCCUGAUAAUUUUAUGGAAAAUGUUUUGAGCAUCUUGAAAUGGGAAUCGGAAAAGAAUAUGCAACUCUUGCGCCAGCCAGUAGACAAAGAGAAAUGGACCACGGAACCGGCGGUGGUAAAUGCAUUUUAUAAUCCAAAUAAAAAUGAUAUCGUUUUUCCUGCUGGUAUUUUACAGCCACUAUUUUAUAGUCAACAUUUUCCGAAAUCUUUGAAUUAUGGUGGCAUUGGAGUGGUGAUUGGCCACGAAAUAACACAUGGUUUCGAUGAUAAAGGUCGUCAAUUUGAUAAGGAUGGAAACAUGAUGCAGUGGUGGAACAAUGUUACAAUUGAAGCCUUUCGAGAACGUACCCAAUGUAUAAUCGAUCAAUAUUCGAAAUAUAAAAUUGAUGAGGUUGGGAUGUACAUGAAUGGUCGGAUGACACAGGGUGAAAAUAUAGCAGAUAAUGGAGGUCUGAAGCAGGCAUUCAGGGCCUAUAAGAAAUGGGUGCAACGUCAUGGGCCCGAGCAACGUUUGCCCGGUCUGAAUCUGACACAUGACCAAUUGUUUUUCCUAAACUAUGCUCAAAUAUGGUGUGGAUCAAUGCGUCCCGAAGAUGCUCUAACGAAAAUACGUUCCUCCGUGCAUUCGCCGGGUUCAAUACGAGUACUGGGCCCUCUAUCGAAUUCCAAAGAUUUUGCCGAAGCCUAUAAGUGUGAACUGGGAUCACCGAUGAAUCCAGUGGAAAAGUGCAGUGUAUGGUGAACACAAGUUGUUGGAUGAAACAGCAUAUGGGUUUUAGCAUCUAACACUCAGUUUAACCACACACACUCACACCUGCAUACAACAUACUGACAUGUGUACUCGUACUUAGAAGACUUCAUCACAAAAAAAAGAUAAACCGAAAGCACAUACAUAUAUGCACACACAUUUAUAUAUUUAGAUAAAUAUAUAUUUUCUUGUGUACAACAAAUAUUUUACGAUGAUCUAUCUUAUAGUGAAAAAUUCAAUCUAGCAUCUAUAUCUAUACAGAUAUAAAUAUUUACCGGCUAAAGAACAAUUACUCCUCUCUCUCCCACCCCCUCCUAUCCCACCUGCCUACAAACGUACAUAAAUACACAUCAAGUCAAUGUCAUAUCAAAGCGAAAAAAUUCCCACUCAAAAAAACAAAACCAAAAAAAAAAACUAUAAAAUGCAAUACGAUUGUUGUUUGUUAUCCCUAACGAAAUGAAGCUGCAAAUUUUGUUUUUGAAUACAAAUUGAGAAAAAAAAACUCUAACGGAAAUCUAUGAUUUAUAAUAAUAAUAAUUAUGUAUACAGUUGUAGUACAAUACAUAAACCAGAAGCAACCAAACAUACAAAUCCAAUACACCCUGCAUAUGUGUAUAAUAAUA